AGUAUAUCUCUUGCCGAACGUGUGAACGAUGAUAUAACCAAUAACCAAUUUGUCGAACCGGCUUUCAGAAAAUUUUGAUCGUUCAUCUGUGCAGACUGUGCAGGACCGGUUAGCAGAUACGAAGGUUAUAAGUAUACCUAUGAUGCUGUAAUAUCCCACAAUGGACGCUAUGAGAUGUCGGAUGAUGUUAGUAUGUGAGGAGCAGUCACGGAAAUAGGACGAUCGAUAGUGUGAUAGCGAUAGUGAGAAUUGUUCUGUAAUUUUAAGUGAUACACUUAACGGAUAGAUAUAUUGCAGGCAAUCGAAUAUCUAGAUGCUAGCCAAGGAACCAAUCUUUAUUUCACAAUGACUGCUAGUGAUGUGCAAGGCUCCUUGAAAGAGGCUCUAUAUGAGACGCUAACUGGGAUUUUGUCGCCAGAUUAUGAAACUCUCAAAACAGCAGAGCGGAAGAUUCAAGCUUUGGAAGUGACAGAAGAAUUUGGUAUACAUUUGACGGAAUUUGUUAUCGAUCCUAAUGGUCAUUUGCCAAUCAGGCAAUUAGCUUCUGUUUUGCUAAAGCAAUAUGUUGAGACGCACUGGUGUUCAUUAGCUGAAAAAUUUCGGCCGCCUGAACUGAAUAAUGCUGUUAAAGAGAGGAUUAAAGAACUGCUUCCUUUGGGACUUCGAGAAUCUAUUAGUAAGGUACGAACUGCAGUAGCCUAUGCGAUAUCUGGUAUAGCACAUUGGGAUUGGCCUGAGAAUUGGCCAGGACUGUUUGAUGUUCUCGUAAGCUGUUUAAGGGAAGAGAGCGAAUAUGCCGUUCAUGGGGCGAUGAGAGUAUUGACGGAAUUUAGCCGGGAUUUGACAGAUGCCCAAUUGCCUAACGUGGGACCUGUCAUUCUUCAAGAAAUGUACAGGAUAUUUCAAAGUGAAAACCAGUAUUCGAUUAGAACACGUGGUCGUGCAAUCGAGAUUUUCAUAACAAUUACAACUUUGGUUGCUCACACGGGAGGAUAUGAAAAGGGAUUUACACAACAGUAUUUGCAGCCAAUCAUUCCUAUGUUCUGUGAGAAGUUUGUUGAGUGUCUCAGAGUGCCUAAUGGCCAGACUAGUGACUGUGGAUUCAAAACAGAUAUUAUUAAAGCUAUAAACUGUCUUGUUACAAAAUUGCCCAAAUAUAUAUCGGAUUUUUUACCUCAAAUGCUGCCACCUGUAUGGGAGACUUUAUGUCAAAGUGCAAAGACCUAUCAAGAAAUGACAGUCAAUGCUGAUGAAGACGUCAACGAGAAAGAAGUCGAUUCUGAUGGCGAAGUAAUUAAUUCCAACAGUUUAAUUUUCGCGAUCUUUGAGUUUAUUCAAACUAUUAUAGAUCGUAAGAGAUUUACAAAUCUGUUGGAUAAUAUGCUACCAGAAGUUAUAUAUUAUUUAAUAGUAUUUAUGCAAAUAACGAUCGACCAAAUUCAGCAAUGGACAAGUAAUCCGAAUCAAUUUGUUGAGGAGGAUGAGACCUAUGAGUAUAACAUUCGAAUCUCAGCGCAAGAAUUUUUAGCGACUCUUAUCAGUCAUUUUGAGGAGAAAGCUGUUCAUGCUCUUUGCGAUGUAAUUACACGACACAUUGAAGCGACGAAGGCGUUACAAGCUAACGAUGGUAGUAAUGGCAACCAAAGUUGGUGGAAAUUACGGGAAUCCUCUCUUUUAGCGUUGAGCCUUUCUAAGAAUAUUGUCAUUGAAAAACAACAAGCUGAGAUACUGCAAUUUGAUAUUAUUAGAUUUCUAGAUACAGUUGUUUUGGGAAUGUUGAAUGAUUCAGGCUCACCUCCGUUGCUUCUUGGUCGUUGUUUGUGUCUUGGUGGACGAUACGCCAAGAUAAUGCCACCAGACGUGAGUUCCCGAUUUCUGGAAGCGGCAGUUAACGGGUUGCAAGAAAAUCAACCGCCUUGUAUACGUAUCAGUGCCAUUAAAGCAAUUUAUUGGUUCAGCGAGGCGUCAACUGGAAAGGAACCUGUUGUUAACAUAAUACGUUGCCAUAUGCCUAACAUCUUUCAAGGAUUGUUUAAUCUUGUUAGUCAGCCUAGCACAGAUGUUUUGACUUUGGUCAUGGAGACAUUUCAAACACUAAUCUGGCAACAUAAAGAAUUUACAGCAUCAGUGGAAAACAAAAUUUGUCCUUUGACAAUUGCAGUGUUUGUAAAGUUUCAUAGCGAUCCGAUGAUAUUAGAUAUAUGCCAGGACAUAUUCAAAGACCUAACACAGAAUCCGAGUUGCAUCGAACCAUUGCAAACUCGUAUAAUACCAACUUUAAUGAGCAUGAUGGCAAUAACUCCUAUAAAUAAAUCAAAAGAUGAGGGAUCUCGAGCUGUGGCAUUGGAUGUUUUGAAAGUUUUGGUGCAAUAUUCACCGACGCCUCUGAGUAACGUUUUGGUAGAGACUGCUUUUCCAACUGCCUGUCACUGCAUUCUCAAUUCGGAAGAUCACGCGACGUUGCAGAACGGCGGAGAACUUAUGCGCACAUAUUUAUCCGUAGCAGCACAGCAGAUUAUUGCAAAUCGAGAUAAUGAUGGGCAAACUGGGUUGCAGUACGUACUGCAAAUAAUUGCCCAACUCUUAAAUCCACAGUUGAGUGAAUUUACUGCCACUUUUGUUGGACGCUUGGUUACGACGCUAAUCAGAAAUGUAGGAGAUAGUCUGGGCGAGAAUCUUGACCUGCUACUGAAGGCAGUGCUGAGCAAGAUGCAGAGUGUGGAGGCGUUGAUCGUGAUGCAGAGUCUGCUGAUGAUUUACGCACAUCUUAUAAAUACACAGUUCGAUGCCGUACUAAAUUUUCUGUCGAUUGUACCUGGACCAACAGGACAGAGCGCACUUGCAUUCGUAUUGUCUGAGUGGGUCAGCAGGCAACAUCUAUUUCUUGGUAGAUAUGAUCGCAAAGUCGGGACGAUUGCAUUGUGCAAGAUUCUAGAAUAUGGAGUCACUCAUGAAGAUAGCAGAUUAGAUGAAAUCACAGUCAAGGGAGAUAUGAUCAUCUCAGGAAUUGAAGACGGUGUAAGGACCAGAAGCAAAGCCGAAUCACAGCCCUAUGAAUGGACGACAGUGCCUGUACUUGUAAAGAUUUUUAAAGUAAUAAUCAACGAAUUGUCGAAUGAUAUCGAAGUUGUUAGUGCCAGUCAAAAUACGGAAAUUUCCGAUGAGGAGGAUGAGGAGGAAGACGAUGAUGAAUUAAUAGAUCCUGGAAAUGAAAGUGCAAAUAUUUUACAAUUUGGAGGUGCGGAUGAAAAUAAUGAUGAUGAAGAAGAUCCAGAGUUAUUGCGAGAUUCUAUCUAUCAUUUGAACCUUGGUCAGUAUCUACGCGAUUUCCUGCUAAACUUCUCCACUCAUCAUUGCUUCCGUAUAUAUAUCCAACACCUGAAUGUGCCAGAGUUAAAAGUCUUGAAUAACAUAAAUAUCAAUGCGCUCAUGUAAUAGGACAAUUCAGAUUCAGAACAAUUUUUGAAUUUCAUAAUAAAUGAACAGUCUUUUCUAUAUUUAGUUGUAUCUGCAUUUCAUUAUUUUCAUGUUCAUCGAAAUCGAGUUUUGUCUCGAUUAUACUCUCAUAUCAAAAGGUUAUACAAUCUUAGUUCGUUGCAUAUAUUAACGCUAUAUUUUAUUUGGGAUUUAUUUACAUUACAUAUGUUUAAAAUUAUUAUUCGCACCUAAAUACAAAAGACAGCAUACAUACGCACAGUCACUUAUACGCUUAUAAUCUAAACCAUAUAUUUUCUACAAUAAUAUAUUUUAUAUCUAAUGUCGUUUCCAAAACAUAUUGUACACCUUAUAUAAUAAAUUUUCGUCAGAAAGUAUGCGAU